AUGGCAUCCAUGCAGAACAAAGUCUUUGCAAUCUUUGGCGGCGCCUCGGGCAUGGGCUUGGUGACAGCCCGCUUUCUCCUGGCAAGAGGUGCCCGGGUGGCGGUCUGUGAUAUCUCUGCCGACAACCUGAAGCAACUCCAUACGAGCCUCCCUACGGAUCAGAAUUCACAUUGUUUCGUCCAAACCGGAAGCGUAACCGAUGAGUCCGCCGUUGAAGCAUUUCUCACGAAAACCAAGUCGAAUUUUGGGAAACUGAAUGGUGUCGCCAACUAUGCUGGGGUUCCGGGUCACAAAUUAGGCACAGAGGCCAUCUGGCAGACGAGCCAGGAAGAGUAUCAUUUCAUCAUGGACGUCAAUAUCAGGGGAUUGUUCAAUGUGCUCACAGCUUCCCUACGUCCGGGCUUCCUCUAG